CGAUGACGCGACGUCACAGCCCCUCCGCUUGACAACUCGAGCAUCCCGACGGAUGGCGACUCGAGCGGCGGCGGUAGGCUAUUGCACCUCGCCAACGCCUCUCGCGAAGCUCCUCUCCUCCUUCGCCGCUCGGCGCAAAAUAUGGAAAGGAAACGGCUCCCCCGUCCACGCGACGUACAAAGCGCUCAUCACACCGGACUGGAUGCAGGGCCGGACUACUUACGGCGGUCUGUCCGCCGCCCUCUGCCUCGAGGGCGCCCGACGCACGCUCAGCGACGAAGGGAGAUUGGACUUGCCGCCACUCCGAAGCGCGCUACUCAACUUUGUCGACGCCGCCGCCGGCGCGGUUGAGAUCGACGCAUCGAUCGUGCGCUGUGGCAAGGCGAUGUCGACCGUGACGUCGUCUGUCUUCUCGGAGGGCAAGGAGGGCAGAGCGUGCGCCACGUCCGGGACCUUUGUGUUUGGCGCGCCGCGGCUGCAGAGCAAGGUCGAGGCGACGCGGCUGAUGACGCCGCCGCCGGCAACGCUGCCGCCUCCUGCGGAGUGCGAGUCCAUUUUUGCUGGCAGCUUCGAGCCGCCCGGCCCGACCGUGCUCUUCCCUCCUACCUUCACGCAGCACACGACCAGCCUGCUCGCGAGUGGGCCCGGGCUCGCCACUGCCGCGUCGAGCGGAGACCUGUACGUGUGGGUCCGCUGGAAGGGUGCCGACGCCGGCGGAGGCGUGGGCGAGGACGUGUCGCCCGACGUCUCCCUCCUCGCCCUCGCGGACGUGAUCCCUCCCGCCUCGUACGCGCUCUUCGACAGCGUGGCGCCCGUCUCGUCCAUGACGUGGCAAAUCAACUUUCUCGACCCGCAGCCGGUCAGCUUUGAGGGCGGCUACUGGCUCAUCCGCACCCGCGCCGAGCACGCGAGGCACGGCUACUCCUCCCAGGACAUGGAGCUGUGGGGGGCCGGCGGCAUCGCCGCAGUCAGCCGGCAGAGCGUCGCCAUCUACGCGUAGCGCUGAGGACAGGAAGAGGUUGGUGAUAUUUUCUUCUUUUUCUUCGAAAUUUGGAGCACUUGGAGUGCAGUUGGCAA